UCGAGAAAUGUGUUGUGAAGCCGGUAGCAUCGCCUCUCGCCCCCAAAGCACCGAAAACACCCCCUGAGAACCCCCAGUGCCCCACAAUCGUCCCUCCCCUGCGCCAUGGACAGCAGGAGCACCUCCAGAGACGACCUGGAGGCGUCGAUAACCCUCCUGAACCAGGAGAACCUCCAACGUAAGUCCCUUUUGAGGUUAAGUACAAAAACAGCAACACCAAAGCGCAUUUCCCUCCACCAGAGUGUCCUAACUCGAAAGAACCCCGAGGUCGCCCAGGCCUCUAGCUUCUCCCUGACCCCAGUGAAGAAUGACACCUCAGAGGUCGACCUCUCGCUGUCCCUGCGGCCCUCAGAGCUCGCCAAAUACUCGAAACUCUACAAUCUCUCGAGCCAGGACUCUCUGGACGCCUCCAUGAGCCUCAACCGGAGCAACUGGUCCCUCCACGAGAUGAUGGACGACAGUGCAGCCACAGGGAUCAUCCUCAAGUCCGACAAGCCCUGGAGGAAAGCCAACUCGAAGCUCUACCAGGAGUUCCUGGAGAUUGUCCAGUCGCACGCCUCAGAGCUCCAGAUAUUCGACACUAUCGCAGACUUCAUCCAGAUCUGCACAGACACGCUGGAGAUAAUGAGGGGAAUGCAGUCCAAGGUGAACGACGCUGAACUCUCCGAGGAGGAGGUCAGUCUUGAGAACGAGAGGAACACCUGGAGGCUGAUCUACUGUCUCUAUCAGAACCGUUUGGCUUCUGUUAAUUAUCAGAGCGAGAUGGAGACUGAUGUCAACAGGAAUAUCUCUGAGAAGGACGUCAUCGCCAAUCUUCUGAAGAAUGAGCCUCAGGUCCGCGAGUACCAACUAAUAAUCGACUGGCUGGAGAAGAACGCAGUGGACCAGGCGGCAAUGCUCCCAAAGAUCGAGUACUUCACCGACAAAACAGUAGCCUGGGAGAACACCCUCCACCAGCUCCAGAACCGCCAGACCGGCAUAUCCUUCAGCUCAGUUCGUCCCCUGGUGACGUGCCUGGACCCAGACGCCCCGAUCCGCGAGGGCAAGCCCCUGCACGAUCUCGACAAAGAGGACGACACAAGACUCGAGAAAAGAAUGUUCAUAGAAGUGAGAUGUGGACGUCUCCAGCGAGCCCAGGAGCUGGCAAUUCACUGUGGCCAGCCCUGGCGGGCAGCUUGCCUGAUCGGUUGGCAGCCCCACCACGACCCCAACUACCAGAGCCCCUUGACAGACACCAAACUCCCCAUCGAGGGCAAUCCCAACAGAUCCCUCUGGAAGUUGAACGCCUGGUACCUGUCCCAGGACAACAGAUUUGGGGCUUUCUAUCGUGGGAUCUACGCGAGUCUCUGUGGGAACCUGAAGCAGUUGCUGGCACUCUCCACCUCCUGGCAGGACGCCCUCUGGUCCCACGUGAAGACCCUCAUGGAUGUCGAGGUUGAGUCCGAGCUCCAGGGAAUUAUGGCGAAGAACUACGUGAAACUCCCUGAGGAGUACUGGAAGUCCAGGAUGACUCUGGAGGACGUCUUCGACAAUCUCCAAGCCUCCAACGACCCCGGCAUAAGGAGGGAGGCCAUGAGGCCCGAUCACCUCAUCCAGAAGUACCUCAUUCUCGAUCAGAUCCCGAAGCUCAUGGAGAUCGUCGAGGGCUGGAUUGAGAACACUCAUUGCAGUCCUCAGUUCAUAAGGUUUCUUGCUCAUCUUGUCCUGCUGUUCAGGCAGAUUGGGAAGAGCUCCGAUGAUACUGUUGGCAACAAGGUGCUGCUGAAGUAUGUCAAAGUGCUGAUUGAGAUUGGGGAUCCAACGCUCAUUGCGUUCUACACGGCUAGUCUACCUCAGCAGGAGCAGAUUGACAAUUAUGCUGGGUAUCUGGAGGGCGUCAGGGAGUUUGAGGUGAGGAAGCUGUGUCUCACUGCUGCUGAGGACGCCAAUUUGAAUGUUGAGGCUAUUACGAAACUCGUGGUUGAGAAUGUGAGGGGGAAGAAUGUUGAUGAGGGGGUGGAUUGUGAACUCAGUGGGAGGAUCACUGAGGCCGAUGUCGAGAAGAUUGAGGCCCUGGACUGGCUCACUUUCUAUCAGAGCCAGAGGGAUGAAGCUCUCUGGCAGGCUAAUGCACUCAUUCGGUAUUUCCUGACUUGCGAAAAGAUCGAUGCUGCCAGGAAGGCUUUCAACAAAAUCCCUGCUGAUUCAAUCGAGGUCAUUAUGAUGGAGCAUCCCUCGAUGGAGACAACUGUCUCUCAAGUUACAAUGACCAAUGAGAUUCUUUACAAGGCUUCGGCGUCUAUCCGGGAGUAUCUGUGUUACAAGGCUUACUUGGACGCUCAGGAGGGCUUUCAAGAGUGGUUCUCGCAUUUUCAUCAGGGGAAGCCCUCACCGUUGGAGACACUACCCUCUUUUGCUACCUUCACUGAGAAAGUCGCUUAUGAUCACAGGAAGGCUCAGUAUGAGGCGGAGAUGGAGAGGUGGAAGUGCACUAUGCAGCAUCAUACGAAGGCUGUCAAACAACUACUCUUCAACGUUCUCCUCUUCCCGGACGGAGGUUGGCUAGUCGAUAAAGGUCCCGACACUCUGGGUGAGCGUCCAGACUACGCCCUCCGUCAGCACCAGCUGAAAAAGCUCAGGAACCUCUGCAUUCCCAAAGUGACUCUUCUCCUCCUAAACGUAAUGUCCGAGAUGAAUGAGCAUGCAGGUUGCAUUGAGCUCGCCGACACAAUAGCCUCAGAGCAGUACAAACUGUACCAAGUAUUCUCCAAGGAGCGCAUUCGCGAGGUCUACAGGAAGAUCUGCGAGUCGUCAGUGGCCCUGAUGGACCAGAAGAAGGACCCCUGGGGCUACCCAAGAUGAUACCAAUAAUUCACCCCUCAUUUUCAUUCACUCACAAUCAGUUGAGUUUACAAAACGAUUCUUUUUUAUUGUCAACCACACAAAGUGAAUAUAAAAUUUUCAUACAUUUGUUAAUUAAUGGUAAUUAUAAUCAUCGAUAACUUGUAAUAAUGAAGAAAUUAAUGAUAAUAAUAACAGUGGAAUGA